AUGUUCCGAUCACUUAUUGGAAAUCAAGCUACAAUUCUUUGUUUGAAUGGAAGCAAACGGUUCUACUCGAUCGGGAUGAAAUCUUCAUCACCAUUAGCAUCUUCAUGGAAAGAAUUAUUUCAAAAACACUUUUUAGAAAAAGAUUACAAUAAGAAAGCUCCCGAAAUAAAACUAAACCAUGGAAAUCCACAACGAUUGGCGAUUAUUGAAAUGAUCGAACAAGGCAAAAAGCUUUCAGAAAUUCAAAGCAAGUUUCCACAAUUCGAAACAGAUGAAAUUCUCAUGUGUAAAUAUGUUGAAGAAAAUCCAGGUGAAUUGCACAAACUCCAAAAAUGGAAAUCCAAUGAAAAUGUUGUAAAAAGUGCUUGUAAAAAUUUCAGAGAUCAAUCACCUGAUCAAUUUAUAGCAUUGAGAAAUCUCAUUGAAGAGCUCAUUCAGAAAAAAUCACUCAAUGAAAAACAAGCAGUUUCGUAUAGAAAUGAGUUUAUCAUUUUACAACCCAAAUUAAUUUUAUACUUUACGAGUGAGGGAGAAAUUCUUUAUGGAUAUAAGAGGAGGAAUAUUAUCAAAAUUGAAGAGAUAAUCUCAAGAAAUGGCGACGUGUUAGAGUUUAUUUCACCUUCGUCCAUUGAUGCUUCAACUUUGUUGGAUGGAGUCAAGCAAGAUGGAUUAAUUAUUCGAUUCCUACCAGCUUCUUAUAUGAAGGACCAACAGUUAAUUGCUAGUGCAGUGAUGCAAAAUCCAAAGGCACUUGUCUAUUGUUUUAGGAAGGAUUUGGAUUAUUCAGUGUUUCCAUUCUAUUCGUCUGCUUUCUUAUUGAAUUUAUUUAGAAAGAGUGGUGGUACUGGCUAUCAGUAUUUACCAGAACAUGUUAGAAAGAGAAUAGAGCUAGCUCAUGAAGCGGUAAAAUAUGAUGGAAGAUUAUUAGAAUUUGUUCCAAAAACGCCAAUUAAUAUAUUCGAAAGCUCAAGUGAAACAGCAUUGAAAGUACAUGCCAAUGCUCUCCAAUUUGUGAGUGAUGAAUUUCAAUUACAACAUGAGUCUCUCAUUGAAUCAUGCCUUUCCUUAAAUGUUGUCGAAACUUUACAAUUCUGUCAUUCAAAAUAUUUACAAAAAAAGAAAUUCAUCUUGAAUGCCCUAAAGGAGCUAAGAAAGGACGAUUCAAUCAUGAGUUCAGGAUUAACAGUUAUUGGAAAUAUGAUCAAUAGAAUGAAAGAUUGUAAAAGUCCGCUAUUGGAAGAUGAAGACGUAAUUUUUCAGAUUUUUGUAACAUCGACCAGAAUUGUAAAUCCUGAUAAUAUUGAGCUAGUUAAUGAGAUUUCGAAUGAUAACAUGUUUAUUGAGAAGGCAGCUGUGGAUUAUAAGAAUUGGUUUAUCUAUGCAUGUUCUCACAAUAAGAUUAGUUUGGAAAUGAUGAAGAAUCUUCUGGUCAAGCAUGGGAUUAGUGGAGCAUUACCAGAUUUCAUCAUUAAUAAUGAAGAAUGGGCAAAGUUUGCAAUUGAAAAUGAUGUGGAUAAUAUCAAAUUGUUUCCACCCAAAAUUAUUAGAAACCUUUGCUCCCAUGAUUCAGAAUUUGAACACAAAUUAUUGAAAUUAAUUGAUUCGGAUUAUUAUCAUAUCAUUAAUUAUCUUUCAGAUUCCAAGAGAAAUAACAAGGAAUAUGCCAUGGAGAAACUGAAAACAAUCGGUGUAUUUGGAAAGAUUUCCUGA